AUGAUUCCUCCGAAACGUAACGGAAAGAGAGGUGCAGACAAAACUUUAGACGUGGAAACGGAGAAAGUGAGCUAUAUUUUUGGAGAAGCUUCGUGUAGUCAGAUUAUUAAUCAGACCGUCUUUCCAACAAAAUCUUUUACCGUAAUAAAUCCUCCCCCCGUCAAGAAGCCGACUGCUCCAAAUUUUCAACUUUCCAGAUGCUAUCAUCCACCUUCAAUGGAGAAUUUGGACAAGCCGCUGUUCAAACAAUACUACCGCAGAGAUAUGAGCAUGUACGAUGAGCCACUGAUUCCUCCGGCGUGUAGAUUGGAGUACCCUCGUGUGUACCUGACUCCGGAGCAACGUCGAAUCCCUGGAAGAUACUUUACUCCUGAUGAUGGGUCACUUGCUUGGAGAUCUUGGACGCAAGAACAAGUUUUAGAAUGGGUCAGCAAAUUUUUGCCUCGCGAGCCGAAGGAGGUUUUCAUUGAUUUUAAAAUGGACGGAAGACACUUGGAACGAUUUUACAAAAAAGACAUGGUGCUUUACUACUCUCUUCAAAGAAAAGACAAACCAUUCUUCUCCAUGAUUCGUUUUUUGGACGUGAGGACUGAACUGAAGAGAAUUGAAACAGAGCUGGAGAAGUUGGAGAGCGAUGAGAAGCGGUCAUAAAUUUCCAGUUUAACUUUUAUACCGGUUCAUUUCUCUCAAAAGGUUUUUUUUUCGAAUUUCUAAUCUCUUACCAUUAUUUAUUUCAAAUUACGAUCAAAAAACCAUAUUUACCUGUGAGUUUCAUUGCCGAGUUUGAUUUGUUUUCCACAUUAUUUUUUUUAAAUAAAUGUAUUUGUUGUUUUUAUAA